CCCCCGCUCAGGCAACGGGCCGUCCGUCGGCGUUCGCCCGCCCCCACUUAUCCCCCCCCCGCGGAUGCGGUACGCUGUGCUGGCCGCGGGGGCGGCAGCGCGGCGGACGGCCCGGCGGGCGGCGGCGGGGGGUCUGGCGGCGGCCUGGAGGGCGGCGGCGGUGCGGGCCUCGGCGCGGGCCCGCCCUCGCCCGUAAACGUCGUCACAGUCAUCGUCAACAAGGACGAGAACGGCUACGGCAUGAAGGUGUCCGGCGACAACCCGGUCUACGUGCAGUCCGUAAAGGGAGGUGGCGCGGCGGAGAAGGCGGGCCUGCACAGCGGGGACAAGAUCAUCAAGGUCAACGGAGUUAACGUAACUCAGUCAACACACACUGACGUCGUGGCGCUCAUCAAAUCGGCGACGCAGGUGGUGCUGACAGUGCAGCAGCGGCCGCGGCCGGCGAGCGCCAUGGCGCUGGCGUCGCCCGGGGGCGGGGCCGGCGAAUUUGGGCGCACCAUAUGUCCUUUUACAAUGGAACAAAGGAAAUAUCAUUUUGUUUCAACGCCAACCACUACGAAUAUUAUUUUAAUAGUCAUUGUUUUGAAAAUCACAUAUAUGGAGCUCGAU